AUGAAGCAGGAUAUAAUUGCCAAAACUGGCCUUCAGGAAUGGUCGCCCAGCUCCGGCGCUGCACCCCCUGACCCCAAGGCGCGAGGUGCGGCCUUGCUGCAUAUUCCUGGAGCAGAGGGUAGCGCAAUUACCCCCUCCUCCCGUCCUCCUGAUCCAUGCACGGGGAGACCCACGCCCUGCCGCGGCCCCCCAGGCCUCCCUGCAACACCCGGUAAUGCAAUCCACGGGGGCGGGGGAGGCGGCGGCGGCGGCAGCGACAGCAACGACGGCGGGGCGGCAGCAGCACUGCCUCAAUCUAGAGACAACCAGAAGAGGAGGAAAAUGGCUCCGAGCAGGGACCGCCUGCUGCACUUUGGGUUCAAGGCGACAAUGUUCUCAAAUAGUGAUGAAGCUGUAAUCAAUAAAAAACUUCCCAAAGAACUCCUAUUACGAUAUGUCCAUGAAGUGACUUGUAUUUGUGACAAAAUAUCACAUAUACUGAGGCACUGUAGAGAAGAGUUACAGCCCUUUACUUUAAGGGGCCGAGUAGUGGAGAAUAUUUCAAAAAGAUGUGGGGGCUUUUUACGGAAGUUAAGUCUUCGUGGGUGUCUUGGAGUAGGAGACAAUGCAUUAAGGACCUUUGCACAAAAUUGUAGGAACAUUGAAGUACUGAAUCUAAACGGAUGUACAAAGACAACAGAUGCUACAUGUACUAGCCUUAGCAAGUUCUGUUCCAAACUCAGGCACCUUGACUUGGCUUCCUGUACAUCAAUAACAAACAUGUCUCUUAAAGCUCUGAGUGAGGGAUGUCCACUGUUGGAGCAAUUAAACAUUUCCUGGUGUGACCAAGUAACCAAGGAUGGCAUCCAAGCACUAGUGAGAGGCUGUGGGGGUCUCAAGGCCUUAUUCUUAAAAGGCUGCACACAGCUAGAAGAUGAAGCUCUCAAGUACAUAGGUGCACACUGUCCUGAACUGGUGACUUUGAACUUGCAGACUUGCUUACAAAUCACAGAUGAAGGUCUCAUUACUAUAUGCAGAGGGUGCCAUAAGUUACAGUCCCUCUGUGCCUCCGGCUGCGCCAACAUCACUGAUGCCAUCCUGAAUGCUCUAGGUCAGAACUGCCCUCGGCUUAGAAUAUUAGAAGUGGCAAGAUGUUCUCAAUUAACAGAUGUAGGCUUUACCACUCUGGCCAGGAAUUGCCAUGAGCUUGAAAAAAUGGACUUAGAAGAGUGUGUUCAGGUAAGAGGAGCUAAAGUCCAGUGGGUAGAAGUUACAAAGGGACAGAUUUUCAUUCAUUUCAAAAACAAAAGAGAACUUUCAACAGACCUGUUCAAAGAUGAAGACUACAGAUGA